AGUCACUACGUUUUUGCACGUCGAGCAGGAAUCAUCAUGCAAUUUUUUACUCGUCUCGUCGUCUGCCUCUGCGUUUUGUCGCUAACAGCGGCACACCCACCUCUUCAAGUCGAAUCGCCUCAUGGGUUUCCCGCGAAAAGUCAUGGGCCAUCUAGAGCAGAGAAAAAUAGUAUCCAUUCCUUCGCAGAAAUUAGUCCCCUUUACAAAUUGAACGAUUCAUACAUCCCGCUAAAGUAUGAUUUGGACCUGCUCGUCAUCCUGGACGAGGAAAACUCCGGGGUCGGGACUCAGUUCACGGUCAGGGGUCAAGUCGGGAUCACGUUUCAGGUGGCGGAACCAACGAAUAUGGUGACAUUGCAUGCCAACGUGCUCGAGAUUUUCAGGGUGACCUUGACCAAUGUGAAUGACACGGGGGAAGUUAUUACCCUGGGGGAGCCAAUCCUUUCCGGGGAUGAUAGACAUUUUAUGACCGUGACGACGGGGGGAGUGGAGCUACGGCCGGAAAAUCAUUAUCAAAUGGAGGUCAUUUAUAUAGCGCCGAUAAGCAGGGGGGAUUUGAAUGGGUUGUACCUCAGCAAUUAUACGGAUUCGGAUGGAAAUUUGAAACGAAUCGCCACGACGCAAAUGCAGGCCUAUCACGCCAGGCAGUUGUUUCCCUGUUUUGACGAACCGGGGCUGAAGGCAGUUUUUAACUUGACGGUCACGCACAAGACGAACUAUACCACGGUGCUGGGUAACAGUGACGUUGCGGGUAUUGAGGAGUCCAACCUGCCUGGCUGGAGUAUUACCACUUUUAAUCCCACCGUUCCCAUGGCGACGUACUUAUUUGCAAUGGUUGUUUCCGACUUGGAUUAUAGCCAAGCGCCGGAAGGACUUUUUAAAGUCCCUGUUAGGACCUACGCCCCACCUCCCGUAAUUGCGCGACAAGGUGGCGUGUACUCGGCAGAAAUAGCGGCGAGAUUGCUGCAAUUUUUUGACACUUAUUUCGCCACGGAUUACCCAAUGCCUAAAAUGGACUCGGUCCACAUUCCGCACUACGAUUCCGGUGCAAUGGAAAAUUGGGGAUUGAAUAUUUAUCGGGAAGGGUAUCUAAUCUACUAUCCUGACGAGACCUUGGAAACUGCAAAAAACCUGUUGACGAGCGUCGUCUCCCACGAACUGGCCCACCAAAACUUUGGAAAUCUCGUCACCUGCAAGUGGUGGGACGAGCUCUGGCUGAACGAAGGCUUCGCCACGUACGUCUCGUACCUUGGGGUUGACGCUGUCCGACCAGAAUAUCGUCACAAAGAGUGGAUCAUCAACGACGCGAUCCAAUACUCGAUGAGGGUCGACGUUUCCGCCCGAUCUCAUCCGAUCGUUAACGACGCCGUCACCCCGGACGAGGUGGAUUCCUAUUUUACCGGGAUAACGUACGAAAAGGGCGGUUCAGUUAACCGCAUGACGGAAAAGUUCUUGUCUGAACCAACGUACCGGAAGGGGCUUCAGUAUUAUUUGAGAAAUUUGUCUUAUACCGGGGUCACGGGGGAUGACCUUUUCCACUAUCUUAACGUCGCUGCUGCGGAAGAUAACCGACUUCCUGUCGGGGUCACGGUGAAGGAUGUCCUGGACACGUGGACGCUGCAAAAGAGUCAUCCGUUGGUUCGAGUUAGCGCGGGAGGUUCGAAUUUGGUGUAUAUUUCGCAGGAGCGGUAUGCCGAUCCAGAUAAUGUGGAUUUGUGGUGGGUUCCGGUCACGGUGGUGACGCAGGAUGCUCCGACCUUGGAAAAUUGGGUGCCGAAGCUGUGGCUCGAGGGGAACGUGUCGAUUAAGAGUGUGGAGCAUGAUACUACCAAGUGGAUCAUGAUUAAUCAGGAUGCUACAGGUUAUUACCGAGUUUUGUACGACGAGGCAUUAACCGGGCUUAUCACAGAUCAGUUGAACCAGGAUGCAUCAGUGAUUACCCCGUUGAGUAGGAGCCAAUUGUUGGACGAUUAUUUUAAUCUUGCUUAUUUAGGCAAGGCGGAAAUUGAGACGGCCUUAAAGUUGACGGAAUACUUGGAUCAGGAAGAUCAUUUUACCGUGUGGGAAGCAAUCUUUACCCAGCUAAGGCAGGCCUUGAACUUUGCCCAGACGCUGGAAGAAUAUGACCCGUUCAAGAACUAUCUAUCGCCCCGUAUUGUCGCAGCUCUGAUGCGUCUCGGUCGCCCGCAAAGUGAAGGUGAACUCGUUGGAGCAGUUGGAAUCCUCCGCGCCAAGUUGAUCGACUGGACAUGCGCACUCGGUGCGCCAGAGUGUGUCAACUUUGCCAUAGAGUUGUAUGAGGAGUGGCAAGCAGAUGAUACGCAAACAAUUCUCAGAGAUAUCGAAGCAUCAAUUACUUGCGCCGCUGUGGCGAAUCGUGGUCGAGCCGGAUUCGAUUUCAUCAUGGGAAAAUAUGUCGCCACGCCGAUAACAAAUCCGGCGAAGGUGCGGUAUCUCAACGCGCUUGCGUGCUCACAAGAAUCCGUAAUUCUACAAGACCUCUUGGACAUGACGCUUGACGCGGGCACGUCAAUCACCCCAGGUCAUGGGCUCCUCGUUUUGCAGCGUGUCGCCAUGAACACCGUCGGACGAGAGCUGGUCAUCAAAUUUCUUACCGAACGGGUCGACGACAUUAUUACAAUCUUGGGUGAAGGAAAGCCGGCACCGGUGGCGAGUGUUUUGAGCACGUUGGGCACCUAUGUCGCCUCUCAACCCGAAUUGGAUCAGAUUUUGAAAUUCGUAGUCGACAAUAGUGCCAAAUUAGUUGAAUUAACUUCCCCAAUUAACGGAUAUCUUAACACGAUUCGGACAAAUAUAGGGUGGAAGAUCAAUUUCGGGAAGAGGAUUUAUUCUUGGAUGGCAGACGCUGUCCAACCACCCGUGACAACAGCGCCUACUGGAACCACGCCGACGGAGGGAACAACAAGAACUACGGGAACUGGAUCUACAGAAGCAACAACGCAAGCUGGCGGGCAAAAUUUUGUCCCGUCGGUAAUCUUAAUCACUGCAGUAUCCGGAUACCUGGUUUACAAUAAUCUUUAAAAUAUUUUAUUUAUUGUAUGUUAAAAGUAAAGUGCUUUAGUUUGAUAAAGAAGUAAGAAUUUGUAAUAAAAAUGCAUAAAUAAAUUUAAUAAUAUCAACCCAAUUUCUAUGAUUCAUGUCGUGUCCUCUAUUUAAUCAUCAUCAACUUGUAUAUUAAAUUUUUCUUUAUUAAUGAAAUUAUAAUUAUGAAACGAUAUUUCCCAAUAAAUUUAGUAUCAUAUUAUUUAACGUUAUAAGUACAUACAUAGAUCAUUAUUUGUAUUCGUCGAUCAAAAUAAAAGUCUACCAUUAUCUAAUU